AUAAGAGAGCUGAUCUGAGCUGAGAGAGUGUGUGUGUGUGUGUGUGUAUCUACAGACUGACACCAUGAUGCAGACACUGGCCCUCCUGCUGCUCCAGGUAGCAUAUGUUUUUGGAUGUGGUACACCUGCUAUCAAGCCUGAUACCAACAGGGUGGUGAAUGGAGAGGAUGCCCGCCCCCACAGCUGGCCUUGGCAGAUCUCCCUGCAGGUGAAGCACGGCAGCCGUUUCCAUCACACAUGCGGAGGGACUCUGAUUGGACCUCGCUGGGUGCUGACGGCUGGACACUGCAUCUGGCCAGGGGAUGUGUACCGUGUGGUCCUGGGGGAGCAUGACAUGAGCCAGGAGGAGGGCACGGAACAGAUCAGAGAUGUUUUGCGCAUCAUUGUCCACCCCAACUGGGACAUUGACUUUGUGGCUGCUGGCAACGAUCUUGCCCUGCUGAAACUGGAUAAGAGCCCCAUCAUGAGUGACAGCGUUGGCGUGGCUUGUCUUCCAGAGGCUGGAGAGAUACCCACCCACGGGACACCAUGUUACAUCUCCGGCUGGGGCAACCUUUACACCCAUGGCCCCAUGCCUGACAAGCUGCAGCAGGCCUUGCUGCCUGUGGUGGAGCACAGUGUGUGCAGCCGCAGUGACUGGUGGGGCAUCAACGUCAAGAGCACCAUGAUCUGUGCAGGAGGAGACGUCGUGUCUGGAUGCAAUGGAGACUCUGGCGGUCCUCUCAACUGUUUGGGUCAGGAUGGGAGGUGGUACGUCCAGGGUGUAACCAGCUUCGUUUCCUCUCGUGUGUGCAAUGAAGUGAAGAAACCCACCGUCUUCACCCGCAUCUCUGCCUUCACUGAGUGGCUCAGCGACGUCAUGCUGCGGUACUGAAGAUAUACUGGACUGGACACCAGUUGAUCAAUAAUGAGCUCCCAAGUCAAUAGCCAAUAUUUAUAUAAUAUAGGUUUCUCAGACUCAGAACAAUAUGUCUGUAAUUACUGAAAAACAUUAGAAUAUAGGAAGAUACAAUGCAUUUAAAUCCUUUUCAUGCUGUUCAAUAAACAUUCCUGUCUUUUAUCA